GUGAACGAAAAACUGCGUGAAGCGUUGUAUGCGAAGAACAAUUGGGCCGCAGUGUUUACCGAAGAACGAGAUAAAUUUUACGAUUUAAAAGAAGAACUGGCCGAUCAGAUUUCUGCGCAGAGAGGCUACUUUCAAGAGUUUCUUGAGGGUAGCAAAGACACCUCGGCAAAAAUGCGGCAGUAUAAGUCUGAUAAUUCAGGCAAAAUAAGAAUGCUUAAUAAGGAGAAUGCGAACAUGCUGCAAAAUUCCAUCGACAAGCUGGAAACGAAGAUUGCACAGAUGCACACACAGUUGGUGGAAAAAUUGAAGAGGUUCGAUGAAAGGAUGCGUGAAGCGCUGGAAAAACUGCCGGAGGUAGAACGAAAUUGUGAUAAUGCAGCAGUACGCUUCGAACACGCCGUAAAGGAUUUGAUAGCCUUCAACGACGCUUACAAGAAAAGCAGGAAAGGUCAACAGGUAUACGUCAUUCUAAAAAAGAAGUAUGAUGUUGUGCAGCAAUAA